GACGUCACCGCCUCCUAGCGCGGCGCCCGGCCCUACCGGAAGUGGCGGGCUGAGGCCGGUGGAUCCCGUACUGUGGAGGGCGAGGUGACCUCGGUGCGGGGGCGCCGCUGCGACCAUGGGCCGCGAGUUUGGGCACCUGACGCGGAUGCGGCAUGUGAUCACCUACAGCUUGUCGCCCUUCGAGCAGCGCGCCUUUCCGAACUACUUCAGCAAGGGCAUCCCCAACGUGCUGCGCCGCACUCGGGCGUGCAUCCUUAGGGUCGCGCCGCCAUUUGUAGCGUUUUAUCUUCUCUACACGUGGGGAACCCAAGAGUUUGAGAGAUCGAAAAGGAAGAAUCCAGCUACUUAUGAAAAUGACAAAUGAGCAGCUCAUCUGGAUAAUGGUUCCUUGUCUCUGAAAGACCCUUCUCUGGGAGAGGAGUCUACAUUGUAGUGUCCUGAAGACACAAUAAACUUAUUAUGGGCUA